AAUAUCCAUGUUAUAUUUAAAAAAUAAUUUUAAUGCCGUAUUCAAUACAGAGUAGCAUAAAACCGUGCUAUUAAAUAGCUAUAUAUAUCUUAUGUACACGUGUUAUAUAUGUAACGAUUUUUGUGUAUGUGAAUUUACAAAACCUAUCUACAAAUUUACGUACUCACUACAUUGACUGUAAAUAAAAAUGUUGUGUUUAGCCAGCUCUUUUCUUUAUCAUUGAUCAGUUAAUAGAAUCCUAAAAAUAAAGUUAAUUUUCAAUUGCUUUCGCUUUGUCAGAAAUUGAAUGCAAAUGACCUAGCUAUGAUUUAAAAAUGAUCUGCUGCUUAUUCAAUCGAUUUUUGAAAGUAAAUAACAUUUAUCAUAAUAGUAGGUUUUGUUGUUGGAAUAAGAUUAAAGAAAACGCAGUCCUGCAAAAUAAAAGAAUGUUCAAAUCAGCUGUGUUUAGUCUCGAGGAAGCAUCAAAGGAUAAAAUUCAAGAGUUCCUUAAUUCAUUUGACACAGUUCUAUCUGACUGUGAUGGUGUGUUAUGGAUAAACAAUAAUGCCAUUCCUGGAUCAGCUGAUGUGAUGAAUUAUUUUAGGAAAAUAGGGAAAAGAGUAUUCUAUGUGACGAAUAAUUCCACUAAAGUUAGGGCCGAUUUCGCUAUAAAAGCUCAAGAAUUGGGAUUUAUUGCUGAACCGGAAGAAAUUUUGUCAACAGCCUACCUAGUAGCACAUUAUUUAAAAGGCAUUGGUUUCAAGAAGAAGGUUUAUCUUAUUGGGUCAAAUGGUAUUGGUGAUGAAUUGAAAGCUGUUGGAAUUCGACACAUAGGAAUUGGACCAGAUAAUGUAAAACCAGAUUUCAAGUCAAUGACAACUGCAGAUUUAGAUCCAGAAGUUGGUGCUGUUGUGGUGGGUUUUGAUGAGCAUGUUAGCUAUCCCAAGUUUAUGAAGGCAGCAUCAUAUCUGGCAAAUGAGGAAUGCCUUUUUGUGGCAACAAACACAGAUGAAAGAUUUCCAAAAUCUAGUACAAUUAUUGUACCUGGUACAGGCACAUUGGUAAGAGCAGUAGAAACAUGCUCAGAAAGAAAAGCUCUUGUGCUUGGAAAGCCAAAUGAUUAUGUGCGGAAAUUUCUAGAGUCUUUUGGACUAGACCCUGCAAGAACUUUGAUGAUUGGCGAUAGAUGUAACACUGACAUUGAAUUUGGUGUGAGGUGUGGUUUCCAAACACUGCUUGUGUUAACAGGAGUAACUUCCACAAAGGACUUGGAAAAAAUGAGGAGUGAAAGAAAGGAUCCAUUGCCUGAUGUAGUACUGCCUAAACUAGGUAGCCUAUUGAACUUAGUGUCAUAGUAUAAUUAUUGUUUAAAUAGUAAAAUGCUUUAAGCAUAAUCAUAGGUCAAUUGUACAAACUUUGUGAUAUACAAUAUUUAUAGUUUGUAUCUAUUUAAUGCAAUUAUAUUGCCACAAUCACAGUGUGAUAAAGACCUAAGAUUUGAUUUGUAACUCUAAUGCAACCAUUUUAAUACACCCAGUCUUAUUCUUCUUUUUCUGUACACACAUUAUUUAGCUCUGUUAAAAACUUCUUAAGUUUUUUUUCUGGGGAAUUAAACAACAUAGAAAAUAUUGUCACUGUAAAAAGGACUUGCAUAUUUUUGUCAAGUAAUUACGAUACCAUUGACAAUAAAUAUUAUAUGUAUAGUAAGAGAUUAUGUAAAAGAAAAUAAUAUAGAAAUCAAACAUUAAUGUGUAGAUGUGUUUUUAGAAUCACUUAUAAAGUUAUUUGUAUUUGCUAAAGCUAUGUGUAUCGUAAAUUAUAAAUAAUGAUAUUUGCAAUAAUUUCGAUCUUUCAAUAUAUAUCUGCACUUUUAAAUUUGAAUAA